AUGGCGCGCCGUUCAGCGAGGCUGCAGAAGCCUGCGCCCGCCCCAGACAGGGCCAUGCGGGCCGGAUCCAACGACAGCUGGGAGACGGCGCAGUCGGUGCAGGAGCAGGAGCAGGAGCAGGAGCAGGAGCAGGAGCAGGAGCAGGAGCAGGAGCAGGAGCAGGGGCAGGGGCAGGGGCAGGAGCAAGAAGACUCACAGCUCCAGGAGCUCCCUUCGGUGCGCGAGCUUCCUGAGCCCGUGACGAGGACCCCGCAGAAGCCCGCCGUGCAUGAGCGCCAGCCGGCUUCCAAGCUGCCUGCUGCAAAGACGGCGCAGACACCACUGAGCAAGACCCCGUCCUCCCGGCUACUGUCUGCGGUCCCUUCAGUGUGCACGCCGACGAACCGCACUCCCAUCAAGCCCGCCGGCGUUGAGAUGCACCCCGCGCUGCAUCACGCGAGUACCGCAAAGCCUCUCGACGAAGCCCGCUGGCUCGGCUUCCAGUCGCUUGGAGCCCACACCGCACCCCCCAGGGCAGCUGGCCACGCCCCAGGCACGCCUUCCAAGACGCCCGUGCCUGCCGCCACGAGCAAUGCUCCCGCCAUGGCCUCGUCGCCCGACAGCUUCCGCUUCCGCUUCAAGUCGCCCUUCUCAAAGGUCGCCGACACCUCCAAGCCCAGCGACCUCAGUCCCACCACGCGCAACAUCCUGAAGGAGCCCGCCGUUGGUGCAACGCCCGGGCGUGCCAUCUUCGGUGCGACCGAAUUCUCCUCCAAGGCGGACGUCACACCAGCCAGGCCAAAGGCUGAGCCCAGGGGCAAGAUGGCGCGCUUCAGCGAUGUCCACCUGGCUCAAUUCAAGAAGAUGGACUCGGUAGCCAAUCACCCGUCAGCUUGGCGACUGAAGAAGACGCCCUCCAAGCCCGACUUGCCCAAGCCCGACACCAACAGACUCAAGCGCACGCAGUCGAAGAUGGACCUAGCAGAAUCGAGCACCAAGCCCGCCACCGCCCUGAAACGUACACCGUCCAAGAUGGAUAUUGCCGAGUCCAGCACGAAAGCGCCCGCGGUGCAGCGCCCACAGCCCAAGACGAAUGCAGAGCCACCCAGCAGAAUUCCCCCAACACCACUGAAGCGCACUCAGUCCAAGAUCGAUCUGACAGGCUCUAGCUUGCCGCGCUCACAGUCUACAGUCCGUCUGGUCGCUUCUCAGGAUGGCUCAAACAACCCGGCGCCGAAGCGCGUGAAGCGCACUGAGGUGGACGACGCAGCUACCACGCGACCAGCCUCCCGCGACAGCAAUGCUGAAGUAUCCUCCUCCGCCUCCAAGGCUCCUGUUCCGCCACGCAAGAUCACUUCUCAGACCGCGCUUCCUCGCCUUGCAGCCAGGCUCAUGACGCCCACGAAGUCGUCCAUUGCCCGCGCGCAGUCUCAGACUGUCAAGGCUACCAAGACCACUUCUAUGAUCCCACAGUCUCCCGCCACGAAGAACAUGUUUACACCAACUCGCAUCAGCCAGGCGCUGCGAGACGGUGCUCGCGAGAGCAUGCAACAGGCGAGCCGGAACCUGCAGCGUGUGCGAUCCAUCCUUCGUACACCCAGCCGCAAAUUCUCCAACGAUCCUACCAAGAUCGCGGCGGGCACGCACAUGUCUCCACCUCCAGAAUCGGCCUGGAACAAAGCUCUUCCUGCAGGUCCGGCUACCGCACCCGUCAGAAAGCACGUGAAUUUCAGCAGUAGUACGCUGGCGCGAGUGGCCCCAGAAGACCUGACCAAGUCGCCAUCGCCUAUGAAGUUCCGCGCUGGCAGUGAGAUUCCUUCCGGUGCAGUCCUUUACCCAAGCAUCGGAUCUGGUGUGGAGUACCCAAAGCUCCCUCAAGGCGAUGCCUCUCCUACGGCGUCUCCCUCUCGCCGUCUGACGUUUGGCGGUGAAACGGCAAGUCAACCACGCAGCUUCUCCUUCGAGUCUGGCAAGCCCGUCAACUUUGGUCCGUCAACGGCUGGCACCAUCCGCAUGGUCCGCAAGAGCGAUGCUCCCUCAAUCGCGGAGAGCACGAAGCGCAAGCUCGAGACUCUGCAAGAGACCUCGGACAAGGAGAACGAUGAGCGCCCUGAGAACACUCGCUCUGCCAAGAAGAUGAGGCCGACUCCCACUCCCGCGACACCUGCAAAGACGCCCGCGAGCGCAAGCAAGGCGCCCCGCCGCAACCCCGGAAGCGCCAUGAGCAAGUCCAGGCUCGCUUUCCUCGCUACUCCCAAGCGCGGCAAGGCUUAG